CCUCAGUUUGCUUUCAACAACCCAUCUCAAUCAAAACUGAUUAUCCAAUAAAUCUCAAGUGCAAUCUAAACAGCGAACGAUUGAGGGAUUCACCCUCCUACAACGGCGACGACGAUGACUUGUUGAAGCCGUCAUCGCUAUCGUACCUUACCUGUCGCAUCAACGAACGGUUGCCGCUCGCGUACCUACAAUUCAACGGAAAAUCCCCUCCCCCACAAUUAACAGCCCUGGGUGGAAAACACGAAACGAUGAAGACCCUCGCCUCACCUGGCACCUCGUGAUAUAGCGUGUCUAUAGAACGAGCAUGGAACGCAAUCGGACGAUUAUGCUACUGCUGACGAUCACCCUAAUAUUGUGCACCCAAUUCGGCGAACAUGAAUGCGCCGUCACCAAGGAACAAAUGGAGAAGACGGGCAAGUUGUUCCGACAGGUGUGUCAGCCGAAACAUAAAAUGUCGGAUGAUGUUCUUGAAGCCGGUAAAAACGGUGUCUUCCCCGAUACGAAGGACUUUAAAUGCUACAUCAGUUGCCUGCUCGAUAUGAUGCAAGUGACAAAACGAGGGAAGAUCAGCUAUGAGAAGUCCUUGAAACAAAUCGAUCAACUACUUCCAGAUGACUUGAAACCCGCUUUCCGUCAAGGAUUGGAGGCUUGCAAAGAUGUCGCCUCGGGAAUCAAAGAUCAUUGUGAUUCAGCCUACGUUCUACUGAACUGCUUCUACAAAAACAAUCCAGAAUUCAUGUUACCCUGAAUAAUGUGUUGACCCUUGCUAUCGUUUAUGGAAUCGAGUAUGGAAUCACGCUUUCAAAAUAUAGUAAAUGUGAUAUAUGUGUUAGUCAUUUUGUAUGUAUUUGUUGUACCCUGUAGAACUGCACCACGUAACGUAAUUGACGUUUUGAAAUAAAGAUCGAUGUUUUAUUCAUGCUUUA